CAUCAGGAGAAAACUGGCCCUCCAACAUGGCAGAAGCAUUUUGCAUGAAAGUGGCAAUCUGUGAGGAUUACCCAGUUUGAGGGCUAAAAAGGAUACUGUAGCUUGGGUGCUUACUUUGACUCAAGGCAGAAGUGAAGACAUGGGCUCCGUUUCUAACCAGGAAUUCCCAGGAGUUUGUAAGACCGAAGAGGACGAAGGACCGAGCACCGAGGAGGACUCCCAGACUAUUCAUGGGGUCGGCGUGUGCAAGUGGUUCAACGUCCGCAUGGGCUUCGGGUUCCUGUCCAUGACCAGCCGAGAGGGAGUGCCACUGGACGAACCGGUUGAUGUGUUUGUUCAUCAAAGCAAGUUGCACAUGGAAGGCUUUCGCAGCCUAAAGGAAGGCGAGGCAGUUGAGUUUACCUUCAAAAAGUCUUCAAAGGGCCUGGAGUCACAGCGAGUGACCGGACCAGGUGGCAUCCACUGUGUGGGAAGUGAACGGAGACCCAAAGGCAAGAAGGUCCAGAAGCGACGUUCAAAGGGAGACAGGUGCUACAACUGUGGAGGCCUGGACCAUCAUGCCAAAGAAUGCAAGUUACCACCACAGCCCAAGAAGUGCCAUUUCUGCCAGAGCAUCGACCACAUGGUUGCCAACUGCCCAGUAAAAGCACAACAGUCCUCACCGGGUUCUCAGGGAAAACCGUCCCCCUCAAAAGAGGAGGAGGAGGAGCACAUGGCAUCGGCUCCUGAGACCUCUGAUUAAGUCGGAGGUUGGGCAUUAUUGACGCCGGGGAAGCACAGAGGCCAAUCAAAUUACUUUGAUGGGAGGGAUGGGACACAUGGUCCUAGUCUGCCUGUCAAAGCUGCUUUUGGAACUACCUCAGGUUAAAGAAUUACUGAUGAAGAAUGUUGCUGAAGGUUUUUUUCUUUUGAUUGUUUUCAUUUGGUGUUACACUCAGGAAUACUGCCGUAUUAUUGCACUCAGAACGCUUUCUAAAUGUUUGAAUCACUGCUAGUAUUUCAGGGAACAGAGAUUUUAGUUAGCAAUUGCCAUUCAACAGAUUAUCUUGAUGAUUUUUAUUGGACUUUGUUUUUUUUAUGCACCACUCUACCUCUCCUAUGGGCAUUAUACCUCUUUUUGCAGAAUAUUCAUUCAGUUUGUUACGUACAGAGCUACACUUUUGCUGCCUUAUGCUAAAGUUUCCUAUGAGACUGUUACACCUCAUUAUCCAACAAGGCAGAGCGUAACCGAUAGUACCUCUGCGAUGAAUGUUAGAUCGUACAUAGCAUGGAAAAUGGGAGGGUUUGUAAAAAAACAUGGGAUGGGAUUUAUGGUAUAGCUGCAGGCUACGUAUUGGCAUCUGCCAAUACGGCAAUUGACCAUCCAGUAAUCCUGGGGCCAAAUGAAUGUCAGACUAGAAGUGGUUUCCAGCUUUUGGUCACUUAUUUUUCUUUAGUAAUUACAUUAUUUCUAUCCAGUAUUUUGCUGGUGCAGUCUACCUCAAUGGUGCAUAUUUGCCCUGCGACUUCAACCAUCAUUCCUACUGUUGAUGGUAAACAGGUAUUCUUAAGAUACAGUUUUGAAGACUGAGAUUUGAAUAGGGAUUAGAUCAUUAUUUUUGCACUACUGUACAGCAUAAAGACAGCAUUGCCAUGAACCCUUGGUUUGGUCGGACACUCAAAUCUGUUUACUCUAGUGGUGCAAUGGAUCACAAACACAGUGACAGAUUUUUCCACAGACCAGAUUAGCCAAAAACACAAAGAAAGAGAGAAAGAAAGAAAGAAAAGGAAAAAAGGGGUCUUCGUUUAAAAAUUUCUCCUUCCUGGCCAACCAACUCAACUCUGCAUUUGAAUAGCAUCAACAUGUGGGCACACAUUGGCUGCUGCAGUGAGUGUUGUGUAACUCAAAUCAAACUAACAUGUUCCUGUGUGACCACCUGCUGAUAUCUGCUUACUUGAUACAGUCUUGAUUGAUAUUUGACAUAAAUAUGUGGAUCACAUGUGGCCUUUACUGUAGGGGUUGAUCCAAACAGAUCACACAUCAACUGAUCAUUGCACCACUAGUUGAACUAUAAUGACAUCAAGCAUGGAUGGGAUCUAGUGAUCUGUCCAGCUUUAGUAAGUGAUUUGGUGCUGUUUUUGUUCUAUUAGACCAUACUAUAUCACAGCUGUUGUCUGAUGCUUGGCAGGAACAAGCUAGAUUUUACUAUUCACAUUGUCUAACAUGAGUAAGCCUGUGUUUUAAUUUCUAUGGCAAAUGUGACUGGUUCUCUUUGUGUUAGUAGGUUGUCAGAGUUAGAUCUGACAAGAGUCAGGUCAGGCCAGUCACAGCGAUGGAUACCAGCGAAUAAAUACCAGGCCAUUUAUUUGCUGGUAUUCAGUCGCCCAGAGUGGGCAGCACACAACAAUUUUGACCACACAACGCUUCUGACCACCUUAACAGUUUUGCGUUUUUUGUUUUUUUUUUUAAAUUGGCUACUGUGUGAAAUUCUGCUACUUAACAAUUUCCUCAUCUUUGGUUUGAUAGAAGUACAAACUAUGUGAUACUGAAUACAACAAAUAUACCUCAAUACUUCAAAGCAGAUACUUGAUCUGGACUGAGUUACUGGGGUCCAGCUAGCUCUCCUCUUAAUACUUGAAUAUGAUAAGGCAAAAUCAGCUAUGAUGUUGUCAGUGGGAAGGCUGGUGUUUGUUUAUAUCCAGUGUGAUCUGUUAUCUAGGUAGUUAUUUAAGACAUUACCUCCCUAUAACCCUUAGUAGGGUUGUAGCUCAGGAACACCAAGCCUGCAUGGAGGAGCAUGUAGAACUAGCUAGCUAAUCAGCAUUUUACUCCCGUUUUACAGGAGAAGCUGAGAACUAUAACACCCAAUUAAUAUAUAUGUAAAAUUAAUCUAAAGCCUUUUUUAAUCAUAAUUCUUAUUUAUUUUCAUUCAAGAGUGCUGCAGCUUCUCCUUCUGCUCAUGUUGAAGCCUCUCAGCAGUGAACGAAUUACUAAACAUUGAAAAACCAUCAAGUGUCAUUCAUAGCUCAGAUGACUUCUGGAUAUAUUUGGGUAAAAGCUAUUUAAACAUCAAGGUACUUCUCCGUAUUUCUUUGUACAUACGUGCUUGAUAAAUCAUUGCCCUCAACAGUCAUUUGAUGCAGUAUAAAUACAGUGAAAUCACACCAUGCAAGUUACAAAUAGAAAAUACUGUGCAAGUGCAAAGUAUUUAGAGGACUGACUUAAACUGUGAGUUUUUUCUUUAAUUCUGUUUUUUUAGCUUUGUUUUUUAUGUCUCUACGAAGACAGGUCUAAUGUUAUUUCUAUCUAUGCCAAAACCAAUGCAAUAUUACUCUGCACUAAUCAUGUGUAAGAUGCAUUAAUAAGUUUUUAUAUUCAGUUUGAUCUCUUUUGACUAUAUGUUCAAUAUCAGAUUUUUUUCUCUUUUUAUAUUUUAAUGAAACUACAGUCAGUUGCUGGUUUGAAAAAAAAAAUCUUCACUCUUAUGGCUCAUCUCAGGAAUUGUCAAUCUGAAAUCUCAGGGAAUUCUUCAGAUUGACUUGAUAGAGUCGAGGAGUGUUUACUCAAGAAAGCAGGGACUGAAUUCUCAUCUGAACAAUGUGAAGCAUACAUUUAUACCAAAAGAAAAAAAAAAUACAAAAGAUUGUAAACAGUUAUGAGAUUUACAUGCUGACUCUUUGUCAACUGUCCAUGCAAACAGCGUGGGAAUUAUGAUAUUGAUAUUUUCUUCUGCUUUACAUAACUUGCCAUGAUAUGAUAUGAAGAAAAUGUUCCACUAUAAUUGUUUUGUUUCCUCUUUAAUCGUUGUAGAUGGGGAUGUAGUAGAAUAUUAUUAAAGGGAUUGGGGCUAGUAGUAUAUAAUCUGGGGUUGUCUCAUCUCAAUACAUGGCUGAUACUUGGUGAUUCAGACUAUCAAUGCUUGUGACAAAAAGAAUGUGUCAUGGUUGAUUUCACACUCAAAUAUUAUUGGUUGCACACUCUCUUAGGUGUUUUUUGUAAUGUUCCAAGAAAACCCUGUUUUGACAAUUGAACUGAGAAAUAAUGACAGAAAAUUUUGAGUAAGUGCUCCAAUUACAUAGAAUAAUUAACCUGUUUAUGGAUCUUUAUUUUUCAUCCAGCACUAUUAAUUUCUGUUCCUGUAUAUCCACAUUUUCCUCUUUCUAUAUCUCAAGACAAGGUUGACAUGACACAAAAGAAAGAUUUUGUUAAUAAAUCUCUCUUUAAAAUCUCCAGAAAUCAUCAACUUAUUCAAUCAACCACCAAAUUCUUUGUUGGCUUUUGACAGCCACUAUUUAGAUAAAGGUUGAAUGAAAGUGUUGUGAUGUUUGCAACAUUCUGCUGUUACUAAUAAUGUUUUCAAAUUGUUGUUUGGAAACUAAAGUCCUUGAAAGACAUUCUGGAUACAACAACCCAGUUUGACCCCUCAGUGAUGUUGCUGUGAUUUAAUUGUCGGGUAUUAGAUGGGUUAGAUAUUCCUUGAAAUCCAAGGACAUGUAAGUGCUCAGGGUAACAUUUAAAGCACAUCAAAGAAUUCUGUAUCACCUUUUUAUUUACAUGUGCUUUAUAUGGUACAUCUUGUUUGUGACCAUCAGCCAUUUUAUUCGUGAUGCUUUAUUUUUAAGGAUAAAUGGCUUGAGAAACUUCCAAAAGAAUGUGCAUUUAUUACUGAUGAAUGUAUUGAUUGUUUACUGCCAUAAAACUUCAACUAUCUUGAUCUAUGUUAUCUUGAUUUUACUGGCUAGUUUGUCAAUGAUGAGCAGCAUGUAGGCUUUUCAAAGUAUUAUUGUGAUUAUGUUUCUAUAUGUAAAGAUCUACUCCAUUUCCUAGUAAAUAUUUCAAUAAUCA